GUCAGUGGCCUCUCGGACACGGUAGCAUCGAAAGUGGAGAACGUCUGCGGCGAAACGUUCCUCCUCGCCUCGACGUCCCGACGCACCGUCCGCGCGUACGGGCAUCCGCACGAAGUCAUUGACACCGUCGGGAAUCACGUGGACACUGCGAAUACGGAAUAUGUGCCGGUCAGUCGACGCUGCUGGGUCUCAUUAAUCCAUCGGCGGAAACAUGAUAUCGGAAUGCGGCGGGCUGGUGCACUUCAAGAAGAGACUAAAGCCUUGCGAGCCACGGUCUCGAAAACUAAUUCCCGUUUUCGGAGGAUAAGAUGAGCAAGAGCGUGGAGUUACUCGCUGGAUCGGAGGACAGUGAGCCAACACCUACGAGUAACACUCGGGGCCAAGACAGAUCCAGAUUGAACUUGAACGGGAGCCGUCAGCUCUCGAAAAGCGCCACGGAGCUCCGGGACAGCGAGAUCGCGAACAGCUCGCCGUCGAGGCGAGGCGAUGGAUCGGGCGAGUCCGGUAUCGUCCAGCAUCAUCGGCAUCAUCGGCAUCACGGCUCGGUGGCCCAGCGCACCCACACCUUCUUCGCGACUCUGAAGAGCCGCUGGGCGCGUAGCAGGAGCAAGGAGCGGAAAAAGUCCAAGGAUGCUGGUAGCGUACAGUCGCAGGACGCGGGCCAGCUCAAGAAUCCCGGCGCCGAGUCCGACUAUGCCGCCGAUUACUCCUCCGAGCACAGCAGAAGUUCCUCGGCCACUCAGAGCCCGGCCAGGCACUGCCUCAAUCGCCCAGAAUCUCCGCUGGCACGGAGUAGCCGAGAAAAGACUGCGAGCGUGCAAGAGGACACCGCUGGAAAAUGCGCCGAGGGAUUCUCCAAAGGAUCCGUGAGCUUUCAGAGGGAAGAGCACAUGGGCGAAGACCCUCGAGGUUCCUUCAAUCGGGACGGCGAAUUUCUUCAAGACGAGAUGACACGAAAAAGAGAACAGGCGCUGAGACAACAUGCCUUCUUCCAACUUCGCCUGCACAUAAGAAGAGGCGCAAAUCUCGUUGCGAUGGACAGAGGCGGCGCCAGCGAUCCUUACGUGAAAGUAAAAUGCUCAGGGCGAUUGCUGCACAAAUCGCGAACCGUUCAUCGCGAUUUAAAUCCAGUUUGGGACGAAAGCAUCACCUUGCCUAUAGAAGAUCCCUUUCAGCCACUUACUAUCAAGGUUUUCGAUUACGAUUGGGGCCUGCAGGAUGACUUUAUGGGGGCCGCUCUGUUGGACCUUACGCAACUCGACCUCGGGCAUUCCCAGGAUAUCACGUUAGAACUUAAAGACCCGGACAGACCCAAGCAGCACUUAGGCGAGAUCUACCUGACGGCUACACUUUGGCCGAGAAAUCAACAAGAAAAAGAGCAGUAUUUCCAGAAGACUAAUCGAUUGGCGGACGUGAAUAGACGAUUGAAAUCGCAGAUAUGGAGUUCGGUGGUGACGAUUGUGCUCGUCGAGGCAAAGAAUUUGCUGCCGAUGGACAUAGACGGUUUGUCGGAUCCUUAUGUGAAAUUUCGACUGGGCACGGAGAAGUACAAGUCGAAAGUCAUUAACAAAACGUUGAAUCCAAUUUGGCUGGAGCAGUUUGACCUCCACCUCUACGAGGACCCGUAUCUGGGACAGGAGUUGGAGGUGACGGUUUGGGACAGAGAUAAGCAUCAGGACGAUCUGAUGGGCAAGACGGUGAUCGAUCUGGCGACUCUCGAGCGAGAGACCACGCAUCGGCUGUCGCGCGAGCUCGAGGACGGCUCGGGCGAUAUCUUUUUACUCUUGACGAUAAGCGGCACCACAGCCAGCGAGACAAUCAGCGAUUUGGCCGCGCACGAGGAAACGCCGGUGGAACACGCACAAUUAGUCCAACGAUACUCCGUUAUGAACACUUUAAAGAGGGUACGCGACGUAGGUCACCUGACAGUCAAGGUUUACCGUGCACAGGGUCUCGCAGCUGCCGAUCUCGGUGGUAAAAGCGACCCCUUCUGCGUUCUGGAACUCGUGAAUUCUAGAUUACAAACGCAAACGGAAUACAAGACACUCGCGCCGAAUUGGCAGAAAAUUUUCACUUUUAAUGUAAAGGACAUCAAUUCCGUCCUGGAAGUGACGGUGUACGACGAGGAUCGAGAUCACAAGGUGGAGUUUCUGGGGAGGGUGGCGGUACCGUUGUUGAAAAUUCGUAACGGCGAGAAACGAUGGUACGCGCUGAAGGACAAGAAAUUGCGGGGCCGCGCCAAGGGCAACUAUCCGCAGAUUCUUUUGGAAAUGACUGUUAUAUGGAACAUAUUCAGGGCGUGCAUUCGGACGCUUAAUCCGAAGGAAAAGAAAUACAUGGAGCCGGAGGUGAAAUUCAAGAGACAAGUCUUUCUGCGAAAUGUUCUCAGGCUCAAAGCUAUCAUCGUGAUAUUCAUCGACAUAGGAAAGUACAUACAAGCGGUAACGUUCGAAAAGUUGGUCUGGGUAAAUUUUACCCAUGUGUCGGGUUCUAGGGUUAAAGAGGAGAAGAAAAGUUUGAAGGAGCGUUUACAGGCGAUCCAAGAAGUGACGCAAACAGUCCAGAACUCAAUCGGUUACAUAGCUAGUCUUUGCGAGAAGGUGAAGAAUCUCUUCAACUUUACGAUACCCUAUUUAAGCUACUUGGCGAUACUUCUGGUGAUCGCCGGGGCGGUCGUGCUCUAUUUUAUUCCUGUCCGGUAUUUAAUCCUCGCCUGGGGAGUCAAUAAGUUCUCUAGGAAAAUCCUCAGGCCUCACUCCGUGCCCAACAACGAGGUCCUCGAUCUUAUAUCCAGAGUGCCUGACAACGAAGAAUUACUUAAUUAUAGAGAAUUGAAACCAAUGCCAACGGCGGAUUGCGAGAGGGGCAGUCCCAGUUCGAACGCGGCGAGAAGAGAGCAGAGAAAGAGACACAAGGCGGCGUAGCAGAAUUACCCGCGGCCGGAUGUCGCGGGUCCAAGGUCGUCCAGUAUCCUUAAAUCGGUCCUGCUGCGCCGGAAAUUGCGACAGCGAAAGGGAUCAGCGGAAAAUACGGAUACGAAUGACAUAGACUGAAUAUUCGUUCAUUUUGUACCCUCCCUCGGUCGUAAGAGCCUCAAAUCUAACGUCAGUCGUUAGCGAAGGUAUCGCAUGUGGUGUGCCUCGAAGGAGAGAGAAAGAGAGAGAGAGAGAGAGAGAGAAAGUGAAAAUAUAGGAAUUAUAGAUAAUAACAAAUAUUAACGCCGAAAAGAACAGCAAAGAUUUAAUUUACUUUGGAUGUACAUUUGUUACGUGAUAAUGAGAGCAAGAGGCUUUUAUCGCGCAGGAUAAAUGUGUUAUGCACUGCGGUAUAAACAAAUGAUUGAUGAUCAUGUGAUACGUUUAGAGUGUAUCAUGUUAAAAAAGCGCAAUUACUACAUGUUGGAAUAUAUGUAUAUCAUGAAAUAUUAUACGGAAAACGCGUUAUAGAAUUAUGGAAUAUGUAACGUCUAAUUGAAGAUGUAUAUAUAACGUAUAUUGUAUAUUGAAAUGACAAAUUGCCAUUGUCAUUAUAAAUAAUUAUAUGACGAAUUAAAUGAUCACGUCGUUUCGUUUCCGCAGUAGCUUGGAAAUUUUAUCUUUGGAGAUUGAUUUUUUUAAAUCUUUUUAAAUGCAAACGCACGAUAGUAAACGCUUCCAAUUCGAGUCGUCUGGAUCUCUGUAUUAUUGACAAUACGCGACAAAUGUAAAAAUA